AUGGCGAUGAUCUUGGAUGCUUUUAUGAGCAAAUUCUCUACUUUGCUCACUGAUUUUGUCCAUGAUCAGGUGAUCAUGCUGCUCGGUGUGAAGGAUGAGCUUCAAAUGCUACAUAACAAGAUGAGGAGAAUCCAAUGCCUGCUGAAAGAUGCUGAAAAGAAAAAGUUUAAUGAGUCAUCAUCCACCGAACUCUGGCUUUCUGAGCUUAAGGAUGUGAUGUAUGAUGCCGAGGAUAUCAUUGACCUCUGCAGAAUUGAGGGCAAUCAGCUACUCGCUAAUCAAAAUCCCAAAUCUAAAUCUUCUUCGGUAUGUUGCGAUUUCUCAUCUGCCUUUCUCUCCUGUUUCACCAGUGUUCCUUUCCGUCAUGAGAUUGGAAACAAAAUUAAGGAUAUUAAUGAAAGACUCGAACAUAUAUAUGAAGACAGAAAACGUUAUAAACUAGAGAAAUCCAUGAUAUCCAAAACCCCACAAUUUACUCUACCUGAUUAUCGUAAAACUUCUUCCUUGGUUGAUUCUUAUGUUGUGGGAAGAGAGGUCGAGGAUGUAGCAAAUAGUUUGGCUGAUCGUUUGGUUGGGGAGAAGGUUGAUGAAAAAUGCUCUGUUUUUGUUGUUACCGGCAUGGGCGGGAUAGGGAAGACAACUCUGGCUAAAAAAAUUUUUAACCAUCCAAAAAUUCAAACCUAUUUCAAUAAAAAGGUGUGGGUUUGUGUUUCAGAGACUUAUGUUGAAACUGAGUUAUUGAAAGAAGUAAUAAGAGGGGUCAACCCGAACUAUAAAGACGCUAUCACUAAAGCAGAGCUGGAACCCAUUCUUAGUGAUUCUGUUGCUUUAGCUCAGAGCCUUUUUCUUGUUUUAGAUGAUGUCUGGAGGGGGAAUGUGUGGGAUGAAUUGCUUAGAGUCCCGUUGCAGCAAUCUAACGUGAAUGUCAAAAUAUUAGUCACAACUAGAUAUGAAAAUGUUGCGAAGGAGAUGAAGGCAGGCAUUCAUCAUGUGAAUCGUCUUUCUGAAGAGAGCAGUUGGGAUAUGCUUCGUAGGCGGCUUUUCUCAGAGCAAGAAGAGGAGCUAGCGAAUGACUUGAAGGAGCUAGGAUUAAAGAUCGUAAACAAAUGUGAAGGACUUCCUCUUGCAAUCAAAGUAAUUGCUGGAGUUCUUGUCACAAAAGAACGCACUAGGAAAGCAUGGCAAAUUUUUCUUAAAAAUUAUGCUUGGUCUAGUAGCGAGCUUUUCGAUGAGCAGAUAAGAGGAGCCCUACGCCUUAGUUUUGAAGAUUUACCUUCACAUCUCAAGCAAUGUUUUUUAUACUUCUCUUUAUAUCCUGAGGAUGCAGAGUUAGAUCUGGAGGAGUUUGCUCUGCUUUGGGUGGCCGAAGGAUUCGUAACAGAGCAACAAGAUACAUUAAUGGAAGAUUUACACUCAUAUCCGGAUUCACAGAGUCGCAGAGAGCUUCAGAUGUCCAUAGAUAGCAUUAUCAACUACAUGACCAUAAGUAAAUUCAAUAAGCACGACGCACUCUUUGCCAAGUUUCCUGCCACCCGUAAGGACAAGGCCAACAGUCUUUUCUUUCAUCCAGGACAGAUCCCUUUUUCGAAAUUAGCAAUUUAUUAA